ACUGUAGCCUAUGAAUUUAAGUUGUCAAUAAAAUUUUAAAAUGGUUUCAGGGCUUCGGUUAAUUUUUUUAAUUAUUUGCAAAUUUUAAUUCAUUGCAUAAUUAAAAUUAACUCGUGUCCAGAGAGUGUAGUGAUUCCCGUUGUUUAAAUUCUUCGCAAAUAAUUAUUUGUUGUGAUUACAGAAUAAAAGGAUGUAUUAAUGAAAUUUUAAUUAAACCUUUAAUUUACUUCACAUAAUGAGUUUGUGAAAUUGGAAGGUGACAGCAGGAAACAGGACAUUUCCAAGAAAUCUGUUUCUAAGUUGACACAGUCGAAGAAAUUAUUCAUUUGUUUCGUCUGCGGUUACAGUUGUAACCAUAAAGGACACUUUGAAAGGCACCAGGGCAUUCAUACUGAUGUUCGUCCCUUUGCAUGUUCUGUUUGUGGCAACCGUUAUCGUGUCAAGGAGCAUGUGAUGUCUCACAUGAGAAUUCAUGCUAAGCAGAAAGAUAUCUUCAAGUGUCCUAUAUGUUCUAGGCACUUAGCCUCAAAAAAGUGCUUAAUUACCCAUUUGCAAAAACAUAAAGCUAAGGAAUCUUACAAUAACUUUUCUUUUUCAGUACAUGCAGCAUAUGAAACAGCUCCCCAACAUAAUCUUGUUCCAAAUGUUAACCAAUUACCUACAUGCAAAGUCUGCAAUAGGCAGUUUCAUUCAAAAGCUCAUCUUAAAGUACACAUGUAUGUUCACCUUGGUGUGCGACCUUUUGUUUGUGAACUCUGUGGCAAAGGAUUCAGUCAAAAAGGAAACCUCACUGUUCACAUAAAGAGUAAACAUUAUGAGAAACGACCUUUUGAAUGUGAUGUAUGCAAAAAAGGAUUUUCUUCAAAGCAGAAUAUGGUAGCUCACAAAAUUACCAAACACUAGUUAUAAAUUCAAAAUUCCUCUCUUCUUUUUUAAAAAAGUUGUGAAAAUUGUUUUCUUUUUUUUUUCAUUACAGUUAUUUAUAUAUAUAAAA